CUUGGUCGUUGCACCUUAGGUAUCCACUCAACUUAUUCUCUCCUUUGUGCAAUUGAGCAAAAGCAGAUGCUCAAGAGAACCUUUGAUUAUUCAAACAAAGCAAUUCCAAAACAAACUCCCUUGUUUCUUCCAAUCUCCAUUUAAACACCAUACUCUCCUUAUUCCAUUAACAAGAUCAAAGACAAAAACCUGUAAACGCAAUGAAGCUCGACAAAGAUAUCUUUCACCCCUCCCACCCCCACCACAAGCUCAAGAUCCAGUACACAGAGACGCCGUUCAGCUGCGACGGGUGCAAGGAAGCCGGCAUUGGCCUCAAAUACAAAUGUGAUGAAUGUGAAUUCGACCUACACAAUGUAUGUGCCAUGGCGCCUACCACCAUCACACACCCCUUCUACAAGAAAUGCGAAUUCCAGUUCCACAUAAAGCCUCCAGGCACUGUGAUGAGGAUAUGUGACGCAUGCGGGAAAGAUGUUCUUGGGCUGGUAUAUCACUGUAAAGGGUGCGGUUAUGACCUGCAUCCAUGUUGCGCCAGCCUCCCACACAUGCUCGAUGAUGGGGAGCGAAACCUCUAUCUUGGCAUGAAGCUCUCCAGCGCUUGCCAUCGGUGUGGUGGAAAAGGGCUCGGUUGGUCUUAUAGGUCUGAGUGCAAAAGCUACAACUUGCAUGUGUCAUGUGUGAAGGAUCUUCUUGUGGAGAACUGGCAAGCUAUGCAUCUGAACGUGGAUAAGAACAAGAUGAGGGAGAUACAGACGAAGAUUCCAAGCCUGAGAGGUGCAAUGGAAGUUCAUCCUAAGGAGAAGGUGGGGAAGGUGCACAAGUAUUGCCAGAUUGCUGGUGGGGCCGUUCGGGUGAUUGUCUCAGCCAUUCUUGGAGAUCCUACGCCUAUAAUAGCUGGUGUGGUACAGGGAUUAAUGCCCAAGUAGUAAUGAAAAAUGUAAGGAAAAUCCAAGUUGCAAGAUGACUUUGUUGGUAUUUUCAUUUGUGUUUGGUUGCACAUGAUUGCAUGAAAAUGAGUAUGUAGACUGAUUAACUUUG